AAACCCCCACAAUGCCCCCUGCCCAGACACCAAAAGGAGCCGUUAACACAGCCCAGCCUGCUUUUCUGUGCGAGGCAACACAGGAUACACACACACACAUAUGCAUACACGCGUAAGCACUCACGCAUUCAAUCAUAUCUCAAACUGGAGUCGGAGUGAGGAAACAGAAUGUCAGGGAAGGAAGCGCUGAAGCCAGUGGGAAAGCCAAAAUUGCCUCGGGUCCACGGAGUUCUUUUUUUAUCCACUUUACCGGAGGUCUGAAGAAGUCUGGAUUUAUAAAAGUAAACAAAAAAAAUUGUUGGAAUCUUUGGAAAUCGGCCAGCUCAUAAACAGAUUUUAGAUUAGUAGAAGUAGUAGAAACGUCCCUUGGAUCCCACUCUCAGGGUCUGGAUUUCUAAGCAGAAGGAAAUUCUUGAAAUUCUCUUUGUCUCGGACCACUCACCGGUCUCAAGGUAUUCUCAAGGAGUCUCAUCAUCUGCGUCCACCAAAGUGCUGCAGGGACACACAUCCUGAAGCAACAUUGAAUUUUCCAGCUGUUCCUGGCUCAUUGUUCUGGGUGGGGAUUGGAGGUGGGGUCGGUGGAGCUCCAUUUCCUUGCACUUAGAGAGACCACAGCAAAAGAUGAGUCUUUCACGGAACGGAACGCUGGAGAAGACGGUAUCUGAGCAGGCCCUUUCUGAGGGGCGCUCCCCCUCCAGGGUGGGGUCAGGAGUCGUGGUGCCACCUCCGUACUCUCUGGGCGGCAGCGAAGACGCUGACGCCCCUUUAGAGUUAAGGGGCUCUCUGGACUGCUGGGCGUGCUCUGUGCUGGUCACUGUACAGAAUCUAAUCAUUGCACUGAUCAAUGGCGGGCUGGCCAGCAUCAUUUUUGGCACCAUCCUCACCCCCGCCCUUGCCAUGAUCAUUUUUGGCUUCCUCUGCCACUCUACGGUGCAGCCCCACGGCACAUCUCUGUACUGCUCAGACGUGCUGGAUGACGCCGGCUGCGUGGCUCUGCUGGUUGUGGGAUUUCUGCUGCUCACCCCUCUGCUGGUCCUGGCCCUCGCUGCCUACUGUCGCCUGGCGCGCCACCUUCAGCUCGGAAUGUGCUUCAUUCCCUACAGCCGGGCGGUCUACAAGAACCUUCCUGCCUCACGCCACCGAAGGGCUGAUGCAGGAGGCUGCUGUGGCCAGCAGGGCACUUCAGAGAGGAAGGGGAAGGGUAGCGUGUGGGUUUAGGAGAGGAGGGGGGGAUUUUAUAUGAUUGUAAUUUGUAUUUCUUUUUUUACGAUGAGAGUUGGGUUGUUUGAGUCUGGGUAUGUUCUAUGCAAAAUACCACAGCUUUCUCUAAAGAAUUUGUAGACGGCCAACAUAUUUCAGAAUUUACUGUGAUUGUUUGAAAGUCCACAUGGUUUUCUACACGCAAUUUCAAAGCUUUGAUUGUAUUUUAUACCUUCUUUUAACAAUAAAAUGUCACUUGACACACUAAA